AUUUCAGUCCUCUUUUGUCUUUGGUAUGCGACGGUCGCCACCUAGUUCGUUAAUUAGCCAAUAUUCACCUCGAUCAGGUGUCUAAAGUACUCGGAGGUCAUGCGGUGAUUUCGAUCGAUAAGUUGUACCAGUGAAGUGGAAAAAAAUCGUGAAAGAACAGCUCGUUAGUUUCUUUUCAGAGGAUAAAAUUCGUUAUUCUUCAAGUGUCUGUUGAUUUGUUUACUUGUUGACUCAUUUAUUCAUACAUUCAACGGAUCUCCGGAAUUAGGAAAGGCGAUCAGAACGUGAAUACUUGACCGAAGAAGAUCGCAGAUUUUACGAAAUGACUGCCAAGGAGGCGAUCGUCAUUAGGAACGCACGGAAAUGUUACACGAAAAAUGUUGCAGUUUUGGAUAACCUUAACAUGGUCGUUUCGCGAGGCUGUAUCUACGGUCUCCUGGGUGCCAGUGGCUGCGGCAAAUCAACCCUGCUCUCGUGCGUCGUUGGAGUGCGACGCCUCGACAGCGGUGACAUUUGGGUCCUGGGCGGCAAACCGGGAUCCAAGGGUUCCGGGAUACCAGGACCCCGAGUUGGCUACAUGCCGCAGGAAAUAUCCCUCGUCAAUGAGUUCACAACGGCAAACGCGAUGUACUAUUUUGGCCGCAUAAGCGGCGUCGAGGACGACGUGAUCGAGGAGAGGCUCGCGUUUUUGACAAAAUUGUUACACCUCCCGCCGAGAAAUACUCAAGUGAAACACAUGAGCGGUGGACAACAGAGGAGGGUGUCAUUCGCUGCCGCUAUGAUACACAAACCAGAAUUACUCAUUCUUGACGAACCAACGGUCGGAUUGGAUCCGGUAUUGCGCGCGGACAUAUGGGAGCACCUGAUAACCAUCACAAAGGAAGAAGACACGGCCGUUGUAAUAACGACACAUUAUAUCGAGGAAGCGAAACAGGCGGACAAGGUAGGGAUGAUGAGAUGCGGACAAUUACUAACGGAGUCAACGCCUGGACAGAUUAUGUCACAAUUUCAAUGCCCGACAUUGGAAGAAGCGUUUUUGACGUUGAGUCAGAGGCAGGCCGACAAUCAAGAGAGAGGAAUAACCGAAGUUGUUAGCAACGAGGUGACGUCUCACAAUCCUACGGAGGUCAACUCGUCGACGGUUUCACUUCACAACGGACAUUACAGCAGCACCGAUAAUAUAAUCAGCUCCGAGAAACAACAGAUAAGGGACAACGAGGACAUGGGAAAAGUCGUGACAGCGAAAUGGAAAAAAUUCAAGGCUUUGCUCACCAAGAAUGCUUUGCAACUGGUCAAACACCCGGGAGGUGUCACUUUUGCAAUGAUAUUUCCCGUUCUUCAAACGUUCUUAUUCUUUAACGCGAUCGGAGAAGAUCCGAAGAAUUUGCACAUGGCCGUGGUGAACAAGGAAGCCGGAAAUUGUAACUACAGCAAUAUUUGGGGCGAAGUUAAUUACUACGAGGAUACCGAGGAUUGCGAUUUCGUCGAUUUGAGCUGCAGGUAUUUGCACGGCUUCGACGACUCCAUCAUCAUAAAGGAUUAUUACCCCGACCAAAAUAGCGCCUACGAAGCUGUUAGAAAUGGAAAAGCUGUGGGCGCGAUGUUCUUCAGUAGCAAUUUUUCCGAAGCUCUUCGGAACCGAAGGGACAACGCUAGAUAUUUAACCGACGAGGAACUCGACGACAGUGCAGUGCAAAUAUCGCUCGACAUGGGAAAUCGACAGAUCGGUUUGAACGUGCAGAAACGAUUGUUCGAUCGGUUUUUCGAAAUUCAGGACAGCAUAAUGCAGGAAUGUCACAUCGAUCCGAGAUUCGGUGAAAUGCCGUUAAGGUUCGAGGAGCCGUUGCUUGGAAGUGUUGAUCAGAAAUAUUCAAAUUUCAUGGCACCUGGAUUUUUACUCACGGUAAUAUUCUUCUUGGCAACCUCGCUGACGUCCGCAAUCAUCAUUUCGGAUCGUGUUGAAGGCGUGUGGGACAGAACAUUAGUAGCAGGCGUUACCGUACAGCAAAUUCUCGCAGCUCACGUCACGGUGCAAUUCGCUUUGACCUGCCUCCAGGUAACGUUGGUUCUAUGUGUUGCACUUCUGGGAUUCAGUUUACCAUGUCGAGGACCUUUACUGGGUGUAAUUGUAUUGGUCCUGAUGAUAGGAUUCUGCGGCAUGUGUUACGGUUUCUUCAUCUCAGUAAUGGUAUCGACUCAUACGGUAGCCAAUUACGUAUCAACGGGUAGUUUUUACCCCCUAAUUUUACUGUCUGGAUGUAUCUGGCCGAUGGAGGGGAUGCCGGUAUUUUUGCAAUGGAUAAGCCGCAUCUUGCCAACAACGUUACCUUCGCUCUCGAUGCGAGCAAUGCUCGAGAAGGGUUACUCGAUAGACGAGUUCGAGGUGUAUAUAGGAUUUUUGAUAAUAGCCGCAUGGACCGUGGCUCUGAUGAUCAGCUGCAUACUUGCCCUGAGAUCAAAGACAGCGGGAUAACGAUGAACUCGUUCGGAUCGUACGCUAUGAAAUACGCUAUGUAUACUCGUGUGUAUAUAUGUAACAAUGUACGAUGGAAAUGCGUACAUUUAUUUGCACUGUUUAGCUCAAUCUCGAUUCGUCGCCAUAUAAUUGUGGCUGCGGGUGAUAUCACGGAGUUGUUACUCUUCGUAACUCCCACUGCAGUAUUUGAUUCGUGUAUUUUCUUUAUUUUAUUUGAUUUUUUUUUUUUUUUUUUGUCAACAAGUAUGAUAUAAUAUUUGUCUCUCUCUAGACAUGCAUGGCUAGUUAUGAAUAAUCUUCAUUAGGCGCUCUUUUGAUUUUUAAAAGGAAAUACAAGAAGUAGAAAUACUACUUAAAUUUUCAACGAGACAGAAUUAGGCAUCGUAUUUUUAAUUAGGCUGCGGUUAAUAUUCCAAACUGUAUUGUUUUUUCACUGCUUUGUUCGUUACGAUUGGGUUAAUAUACAAAUAUUGUAAUUUUCAGUGGAAAAAUUCAUUGUUACAAUGCGUGAUUGUGAAAUUUCUCAGCAGGUUUUUCAUUUCCAUUAUCGUGUAUAUUCAACUUUGCAUCAAUAUAUGGAUAAUUGAUGUGCGAGUAUGAAAAUACCCGAAUUUGUAAAUGUCAUAUAUGACUUUGCGUUGUGAAUUUGUUGUAAAUUUGAGAUCUUUUUUAAUAUGUGUAAUAUUGUAACCUACCCUCUAAAACUGUGACACAAAUACCCAUAAAAAUUAUAAAUCACCUGAUGCGACUCAAACUACAUACAUAUGUGUAUAUAAUUAAUGUAUUAUAAUAACCCGCGUUGAUAUAUACACGUUUUACUACAUGAAAUAAAUUAUAUGUAACUAUGCAUAAGAGUAACAUACACACGAAGAAAGGACAGCGCUCAAUUAUCGUUAAUUGAACAAA